CGGCGCGGCCGUGUGGCCGGGGCCCGCGCGGUUCACUAGCGACCAGCGCCUGGCGGCGUCCAGGUCGUGCAUUGCGCGGAGCUGGCGGCGACCGCCGCUGCCGUACAGCGUUAAGGCGCGGGGUCCUCCACGGCCCGGCUCUGGGCCCGCCCUCGACGCCUGGGGACUGGAUGAGAACCUCCUUCCUGGUCUCUCGAUGCAGUGACCGAAGGGACAAGGAAAGGUGACAGCACAACAGGAGGGUCCGCCUGCGCUGCCGCUCUCCUGGGUGCCGGUCCUUCGAGAGGCUGCCCAGUGCCGGUGACCGGCCCAGCCCCGGCACGUGCCGGCAGCCGCCGCCCCCGGACGCGCGGGAACGUGCCCCUGGCUCGGCGCUGGGCCUCGGAAAGGCGCGCUGCCCAGAGGCCCCUGGGGAGGAGCCGGGACCACGGGCCGGUGCCGGGCACCCGGCUGCCUCCUAGAUGAGCGAGCAGCCCAGCGUGGCGGGGAAGGCGGCGGUGUGCGGGGCCACCAGGCCUGGCAGGGUUCCUCUUCCCUCCAGAGUCUAGCUGCCUCUGUCUCCCGAGGAAGGAACAUGCCCACUCGUCCCGCCCCUGCAGAAUAAUGAAAGCAAGGUGAUAUGGUUUGAUGAUAGGAUUUGUUGAAGCCAAGUCACAACUUUUCCUGAUUCAGCAUGCUAAAACAUAAGGAUCACUCAUCUAAAAAAGAUAACUUAGCAAUCACUGCGGUUGCUUUACAAGAUCACAUUUUACAUGACCUUCAACUUGGAAAUCUUUCAAUAGCAGAUAAUUCUAAGACAGAAGUACGAAAGAAAGAGAACAAGGCAAAAUCUCUGAAGAGAGAUGCAAAAGCAGUAGUAGAUACUGGACUUAAAAAACCCACGCACAGCCCCAGGGUAGAAGAUCCGGAAAGAGAGUACGUUCUUGAUCCCACACCACCGCCGCUGACUUUAGCCCAGAAGCUGGGCCUCAUUGCGCCUCCCCCGUUGCCACUGUCCUCAGAAGAAUGGGAGAGUGUGAAACAGAGGUCCGUCCUGCACGGGGACUCCAUGCAGCCAUGCCCCAUAUGCAAGGAGGAGUUUGAGCUGCACCCCCAGGUGCUGCUCUCCUGCUCCCACGUGUUCCACAGGGCAUGCCUUCAAGCUUUUGAAAGGUUCACAAAUAAAAAAACAUGUCCUCUCUGUAGAAAGAACCAGUAUCAAACCCGAGUGAUCCAUGAUGGGGCCCGUCUGUUCAAAGCCAAGUGUGCUACCAGGAUCCAAGCCUGCUGGAGAGGCUACGUGGUUAGAAAGUGGUACAGAAGCCUGAGGAAAGCAGUGCCUCCCACAGAUGCCAAGUUAAGGAAGAAGUUCUUCGAAGAAAAGUUCAUAGAGAUCAGUCACCGCAUCCUGUGCUCCUACGACACCAACAUAGAAGAACUCUUCUCAGAAAUCGAUCACUGCUUGGCUGUGAACCGAAGCAUUCUUCAGCAGUUGGAUGAAAAGUGCGGGCAAGAGCUCACAGAAGAGGACUGGGAGAAGAUCCAAGUGCAGGCUGCUCAUCGGGAGAUCUGCGAGUGCUCCAUCUGCCUGACCCCGCUCUCCCUUGAUGCACAAGCAGCCGUGGGGACGAGCAGCCACCCGUGUCCCCGUCCCCGGGCCACAGUCCUCCUGUCCUGUGCGCACCUGUUCCACCAUACCUGCCUGCAGGCUCUGGAGGAGUUCUCCGUGGGGGAUCAUUCCCCCUUCCACGUGUGUCCUCUCUGCCGCUCCUGCUACCAAAAGAAAAUUCUUGAAUGUUGAAAAGUUGUAUAGUUCUGAGGAGAAAACUUAAGAACUGUAUUGAGUUUUGAGUUAAAUACUACAGGGCCAUUUCUAACCCAGUGACAACUCUUGGUAAUUAUAGAGAAGAAAUAUAAUAACUAUAUUGCAAAACCUGCCAACCAACCUAUCUAGUUUUAGCCUUUAUUUAUUUUAAAAAAUGUCAGAUUCCUUAGUUUAAUCUCUUGAAAUAAAAUGAGGAAUUCUAAAGUACAGUUAGUGUCUGACCAAGAUGUUUUCCACCAACACACACCUUACAGUCUGUUGGUCCUAAACUUACUUUGUAAUAAUCAUUUUAUUCUGGGUAAUAGGUUGCUGUUGUAGUUGAGAACUUUGUGUAAAGCAAUAAAAUAAAAACAUUCCAUGUUA